AUGGCAGAGAGAAGACGCUGGAAAGCUUUCGCGACCUCAACCGACACCGUUAUCAUGGACGUGCUCCCGUGUCAAGUGUAUCUCUGCCUCCUCUUAUGGAUUCCUGCUGUGUAUUUGUCUCGUGUUGCGCGCGUCUUCGAGGAUGCUGAGGUGAGCAAGCCCGACAUACAGCGGAUGAUCAACGCGUGCACCCCAGAUGAAAGCAGCGGAGCCACUCCGACAGAUGGUGGGAGCCUGCUGCGGCCUAUUUGCAGGCCUUCACUGCCUUUGCCUGCUACAGAAGACUGGAAUCCGCCUAUGGUCUCUCCUGCGCUAGUGCGGUUCAAGCAUUCUUGGGAGAUCUUUAUAGACUCUCUGCUCCGAGAGUGGAAGACGCUGAACCUGGUAUCGGCUUUAUUUUGCACUGCCAUCCUCACGAUGUUUCAGAUUGAGGCUGCGGCGAACGACUCCUUCGCUCGUUCUGCGGCUCUUUUCUCGCUCGUAUUUGCACUUAUGAGUUUGUGCUAUGGAUGCGUUUAUAUUGUCCGAUUCGGCGCUAUGAGAAGCAUGGGCAGAGCAUCUCGCUGGGCAGAGGAAGCGCAGAAAUCUGAGACUGCGGUAUUCUGGAAUAUCUGGAAUCUCCUCGCCACUCCCGCGAUAUGGCUGGCCUAG